GGCUCUCCAGGACUUUCCAAGUCGUUACAGGUCUUUGCUGGACUCUUAAAGGCCUUGUCCGUCUCCCCCAGGACCGGUCCAUCGACAUGGAGUCCAAGCGGCCUCAGCAGCACGUUCACUUCAGGUUGAAGGUAGAAAAUUCUUGAAAGAAAAGCAUCUUGUGUGUUCUGGGUGGUGCGAGAAGCACUAAUGGUGUCAUCAAACUCUGCUUAGCUUUGAUACGUUGUCUUCAGUGUGUGUGUGUGUGUGUGUGUAUGUGUCUUAUGUGUCCUGUGAUUGACUGCUGCCUGCCUUUGGAAGAAAAAAGGUUGGAUGGAUUUUCUCCAGUGACUCCACUGAAUGCUGACGCCAUCUUGUUGCCGUCAUACCAUGACAUCAUUUCUACACAGCACCUCACCCCUCCUCCUCUCCAGCCAUCCUAAUCAACAGAAUGUUGCAUGUCAAUAAAUUAGACUGUUCUACAAAUGUUAUUGAUUUCAGGAGUUCAAUUCAGAGUCCAAGCUUUUUUCCAGAGAGGGCCGCAUCCUUCAAAAAUGUAAAGGAUGCGGGGGAGGGUGCUUUGAUACAUUUUGUACAUUAAAGAUGGUAAAAGCAAUCCAAUGUAGGGCAAUAAAAGUAAAGCUACCUUAACUUAGCAUUCUAUUAUAGGUGACAGAACAAUUUAGCUCAUUAAUAAUGAAUUUAUUUUAUCUUUAGAAUACAUGAAAAUGAGCUGUUGACCAAAAAUGCCCCCUGACUGCACUUUGGACACCUCUGAAAGACUCAGGAAGUUUUUGCAGCUCAUUUGCUGAUUAGAGCGCGUAUUAGCUGAGAGCAAAAUCACCAAAAUGAUUAAGAAACAAAGAAAUACAGUCUUUAAAUAUUUCAGUUUAACCCAUAGAAUAUAAAGUUUAAUUUAAAAAAAACUACUGAAAUAAAUGAAGCAAUUUGCUGAGAUGAGCAUUAAUAUCUUUGGAAAUAUUGUUUGAUCUAUCUCUUCAGGCUGUGUACCUAAUGAAGUGGGUCAUGACUUUUAGGAGUCCAAGAAGUGUUUCUGUCUCACAGUUCCUUUUUCAUAUUCUGGAAAUGAAAUAAAUACAUUAUUAUUGAGAUAUAUUAUUGAUAUAAUACUAAUUUGCUUUGUCACUUAUAAUACAAAGCUAAAAUGUGAAUGUUUUCGUCAAGUAGCUUAGCAUAUAUUGGUUUUAGCAUCUUUUAUGUACAAAAAGUAUCAAAGGAUUUUUUUUUUUUAAACAAGAUGUAAUAUGAAUAUAAUACCGUCAAAAUCUUAACAAAGACCGUCAUUUCUAUUGCUGAGAAGACACCCAGCGUCCAAGCCGGUUACUGCAUCGCCGGUGUAGCAGGCUUUGUUGUUGUGGAAUUGCGCAUGCGCAAUGACAUGAAUGGCCGCUGUGCCUGACAGCCCACCAGGAAGUGUGGCGGACAAAUAUUCGGACAUUGUACGGCGUUUGCGACUGCAACCGGAGGAGGCACCGACGGUGGCGUGCCCAUCGGCCCGGACUGCUCUCACUGAGCGUCGGUACCGUCUCGGCCUCCGGGAUCUCAGUUCAUGCGGGCCGUCUGCGGGGCUGUGCGUCCGAACCCCCCCUCCCCCGACUGUCGGGUCCAGAGCUCGGUGCUGCUCUGCUGAAGCUCCGUGAAAUACUGUGCGCGUCGCCCCCCCGACUGCAAUGGGAUGCUGCGGUAGCACUGAGAGGACAAAGAGAGAAUGGAGACCACUGGAGGAGCGAAGCUGCACUGACCUGCCCUGGUUCCUGCUCUUCAUCAUCUUCUGUGUCGGCAUGGGGAGCGUGUGUGCCUUCACGGUGGUCACCGGCGGCGCAGCCCGGCUUGUGUUCGGCUACGACAGCUACGGCAACACCUGCGGCCGCCGUAACCAGCGCGUGGACGAUGUCAAACUCAGCGGCCUGGACCACACGGACAGGAAGUUUGUCUUCUUCUUGGAUCCUUGCAACAUAGACAUUGUUCAGAGGAAAAUUAAGUCGGUGGCUCUGUGCGUGUCUCUGUGUCCCUCCGAAGUUCUCAACACCUACCAGGACCUGAUGAGGUUCGCCAUGGUCAAUGGUUCCGAGCUGUGUUCGUACGAGUUAGCGGGUCACAAGUACCCGGGUCUGCCCGAGAGGUUCUCUAAGUGUCCCAAACUUCCUGUCCCGCCGAGCAAACCGUUGCCGCUCUUCAACCGCUGCACGCCCCUCGACAUCGCCUGUUACACAAAGUUCGCAGAGGCUGUGGUGACCUUCGUCAGCGACAACUCCUUCCUGCAUCGAGUCAUCGCCGGCGUGGCGGCCAGUAAAGAAGUCAUCAUGGGACUUUGUCUUUUGGCGCUCAUGCUCUCCAUGUUGCUCAUGGUGAUUAUCCGUUACAUCUCGGCCGUCCUCGUCUGGAUCCUCACCUCUUUGGCGGUCCUCGGGUCUCUAGCCGGUACCAGCGUGCUCUGGUGGUUCUACGUCGACCACCGUCUCCAUGGAAAUGAAACCCACACAAAGGUGACAAAAGAGGACGAGCCAAUGCCAGAUGGAAACCAAACGCUGCUCGUCUACGCCAUCGCCGCCACCGUCUUCACGGUCAUCCUGCUGCUGCUGAUGCUCUUCAUGAGGAAGCGAGUGGCGUUGGCCAUCGCUCUGUUCCACGUGGCGGGAAAAGUCUUCAUCCACUUGCCCCUCCUCACCCUCCAGCCCUUCAUCACGUUCCUGCUGCUGCUCGUCUUCUGGAUCUACUGGAUCCUGGUUCUGCUCUUCCUGGGAACCAGCGGAGACCCGGUCCACAACGAGGAGACCGGUCUGAUAGAGUUCCGGCUGACUGGGCCUCUGGAGUACCUGACCUGGUACCACGCCGUGGGUCUGGUGUGGAUCACAGAGUUCAUUCUGGCGUGCCAGCAGAUGACCGUAGCUGGUGCGGUGGUCACGUACUAUUUUACCAGGGACAAGAAGCGACUUCCUGCGUGGCCCAUCGUGCGUGCAGCUUUGAGGCUGCUCAGGUAUCACGUGGGCACGGUGGCCAAAGGCUCCUUCAUCAUCACGCUCGUCAAGAUCCCCCGACUCCUCCUCAUCUACGUCAGCAAGCAGCUCAAAGGAAAGGAGAACGCGUGCGCUCGCUGCGUCCUCAAGUCGUGCAUCUGCUGUUUGUGGUGUUUGGAGAAGUGCCUCAAUUACCUCAACCAGAAUGCGUACGCAGCCACCGCCAUCAACAGCACCAGCUUCUGCACGUCGGCGCGAGACGCCUUUGUCCUCCUGGUGGAGAACGCCCUUCGAGUCGCCACCGUCAACGCCAUCGGAGACUUGGUGCUCUUCUUGGGGAAGAUCCUCAUCGUCACGACCACGGCGUUCGCUGGCGUGCUGCUGCUCAACGCCCGGCGAGAUUAUGCAGAGUGGUUGCUGCCGCUGGUCAUCGUUUGUCUCUUCGCCUUCCUGGUGGCGCACUGCUUCCUGUCCGUCUUCGAGAUGGUGGUGGACGUGCUCUUCCUGUGCUUCGCCAUCGACACCAAGUACAACGACGGCACCCCGGGCAAGGAGUUUUUCAUGGACAAGGCUCUGAUGGAGUUCGUGGAAAGCAGCCGACGUAUGGAGCGCGUGGCCGGCCGUGGGCGGAGCAGAGUGAAGGCGACAACGUCGGAGGGGGCAGAAAUGAAGCCCAUGGUGAGUGACGGAGACGAGAAGGUCACCGAUGACAAGAGUGCGUCUGAGGAGUUGGGGGCGUGGCCUAAAGAGGUCUGUGGAGAGUGGGAGGAUCUUCAGGAGUUCCAGGUGUACUACCUGUUGGUUGGGGUGCUCGUGGACUGGGCGCUAACCGAGCACAGUGACUUUGUCCUCUGUCUGAGCGAGGACGUCGUCCUCUUCCUCUGCGUCUACCUGCCCACCUCCACCCUCUUCCUGUUUGUCAGCCUGCUGCAUACGCCAAACGCCGCCCCUCCCAAAGAGCCCACCAACGUCACCGCCAAAACAACCACCACCUGCUAACCGGAGCAUGCUAACAAACUUCCUUGUGGAUGUAAAGCAGACAUGCUAACUGCUGCAUGCUAAACCCAGCAUGACUUGAAGAACACUGAGCCAUGCUAACCGCCUUGUCAUCUUCAUCAUCAUUAUCAUCACUUUCUGUUUGUUUUGUACUUUUGUACCUUUUGUUUUUUUUGUUUGUGGUCACCGCUGUGCUUUAACGACUCGUCGUGCGGACAGAGUGACACGUCACAGCACGGCUCCCGGGACGAGUUCGGCUUGACAAAAUCAGCCAAUGGGACUUCUUAAAAGAAAAGAGACAUUCCAGAAGUUUAUUUUUACCAACGUGUAACAUGUUUACUGUGUUUUCACUCCAGGAAAACAAUAUUUUAAUAAGACAACGUAACGACGUAACCAAGCACUUUAUAUGGAAGCACUGCUGAUUUUUUUUUUUUUUAUAGAAAACUCAUCUUCACUUUGUCAGCAACUUUUUUUCCUUCAUCUUUUUUAAUGAGGACUUUGUAACACCUGGAUAAUAAUGAUGAUGAUGUCAUCUGAGGACAUCUCAUCUCUCAUUGGUCGAUCGCCUACAGGAUCUUGAAAAGGAUCACAUCAAAAAGGUCAAACAAGGUGGAACAAGUAGUUCUUCAUCUCACAGACUCAAACGACACUACUGACCCAAACAUCAGAGCAAACAAUGACCCAAACAACACUGAUCCAAUCGUAACCAUCAAUGACCCAAACAGCAGAGCCACCAUUGACACUAUUAAUGACCCAAACAUCUGCAAUGAUCAACAAUGAUCCAAUCAGAGCCAUCAAUGACCCAAACAUCAGAGCCACCAUUGACCCAAAAAUCAGAACCACCAACAAUACCCCAAUUGGAACCACCAUCAACCCAAACCUCAGAAACAUCAAUGACCCACACAUCAGAGCCACCAUUGACCCAAACAUCAGAACCACCAACAAUAACCCAAUUGGAACCAUCAAUGACCCUAAUAUCAGAGCCAUCAAUAAUGAUCCAAUCAGAACCAUCAAUGAUGAAACAUCAGAGCCACCACAAUCCCAGCCCUCAGAACCAUCAAUGACCAGACAUCAGAACCACCACUGACACAAACAUCAAAACCUCCAACAAUGAUCCAAUCAGAACUAUCAUUGACCCAAAAACCAGAGCCACCAUUGACGCAAACAUCUGAACCAUUAACGAUCCAAACAUCAGAACUACACACAAUAACCCAAUUGGAACCUUCAGUGACCCAAACAUUAGGACCGGCAAUUACCUAAACAUUAGCACCAUCAAUGACCCAAGUAUUAGUACCACCACAGACCCUAAACACCAGAACUACAACUGACCCAAACAUCAGAACCACUACUCACCCAAACCUCAGAACCACUAUUGACCAAAACAUCAGUAAGACCAUUGACCAAAACAUUAGAACAACCAUUAACCAAAUCAGAACCACUGCUCACCCAAAUACCAGUAACACCUUUCACCCAAACCUCAGAACCACCACUGACUCGAACAUCAGAACCAACAAUGACCAAACUUUAGAAUAGUCAUUGACCCAACAUCAAAACCACCACUGACUCAAACUCUAAAACCAUCAAUGACCCAAACAUCGAAGCCACCAUGGACCUGAAUAUCAGAGCCACUACUGACCCAAACAUGGAAACCAACAACCCUUCAAAAUGGUCGAUGGUUUUUUGGUGAAAGACGUGCUGUCUAACUGACAGGAGGGCAGAAGCUGACAUUUCCACUUGGUCACAUGACCCCCUCCUCCCCAGGUCACACGGACUUUUCUGGUGUGGGCGGAGCUUCCUGUGGAGGCGAUGGCAAUAAAACAAAGUCUUCCUGGAGUGAGUCGCUGAGCUCUCCAGACAGGAAGCUGGAGACAUGUUCUGGUGUUGAAAUCAGAACUCAUGAUGCUCAGCUGAUGAUGGUGACGCCCCCCUGGUGGUUGGUUGUGUGUGCGCAUCGCCGCCUUCUCCUUUGUACUUUCUCUCAAACUGAUCAGCGUGAGGAUGAUAGUUUGAGGGUCAUGUGAUCAACUGCCAACUGCUGACUGGCUGAAAGACACGCGCAUUCCGCCAACAUGUAUCCAGGCGGAGGCUGGUUGCACGGAAGCAGGCUAAGUCUGGUGUUUGAAACAAUUCAAGUUUGAAGAAUCAGCCAAUCACACAAAACAUGGCCGACAGUAAUGAGGGGGGAGGAGGGUUACAUUGUCCUUCCAACUGCAGACUUGUUGGAUUUGAAAUAAAGUGUAUUCAAUCCAGACGUUAGCUAGAAGCUGCAGCUGUAGUUGCAUGUCCACGCUUUCUUCUUCACGUUGUGAAAGUCACGUGACUCGAUGCUGUCAUGUGACCGCACGCGAGUGUUUGGCUUUUCUCUCUGCAGUAAAAACUUUGUAACUUUCAACUUUUUUCUUCUGUUCCUGGAUAUUUUUUUUAUAUUUAUCCUUUCUUAUGUAUAUUUGUUUUUUUUAAGAAAAUAGUGAAAUAAAAAAAAGAUGAUCUACA